UGAUGGAGAUUGUGAAGGCAUGCUGAGGUCCAUGGGGGUCACAAAGAGUCUGACGUGACUUAGCAACAGAACAACAAGAGCGUGCCAGCCACCGUUUAAACACUGAGAAUACAAUGGCGAAUGACACAGACAGAAAGCCCUGCCCUUGUGAACCUCAUGGUAAAACGGGCAAGAAAGAGAAUGAAUAACCGUAUUAGUAACCUACUGCAGAAAGAUUAACCCCAGCACUCAGCGGCUGGAAACAGCGUGUGUUAUCUGCCUGUUUCUGAGGGUCCAGAAGCUGGCUGUGUGCCCUCUGGUGGAGGCUGUGUUCCCAGCAGAAGGCUCCGCCGGGAGAGGGUCGCGGUCUCGGCUUCCCCGCGCUGGGCCUUGGUCCUUUGCCACCGGGCUCCUUGCGCUGUUUGAGCAAUUCCAGAGGAAGAAAGAAGUGGCAGCCCAUCACUUCCGGCACAUUCUAUCGGCUAUCCUCGAGGGGCUCCAUCCAGUGCAGGCUCAGGGGAGGGGUCCCCAAAGGUGCAAAACUAGGAGGGCACUCGGCUGGGGGCCGUCUUAGAGGCUGCUGUCACCGCAGGUACAUCAGAAGAUACCUUGUAUAGGGACAAGCUGAAGAGCGAGUAAAUACAGAGAGGAGAGGACAGGGGAUGCGGGGCAGGGUGUUGAAAUCAGGUAUAAAACAAGAGAAGGCCUCACCGGUAAGGGACCUCUUCGUGAAGACCUGAGGGGAGUGCCUGAGUCUGGGGAGGGGGUGCCAGGCAGACAACAGCGCACGCAGAGGUCCCGAGGCUGGCACUGGGUUGGGGGAGGGGGCGGGGGCGGGUGAGGGCUGUGAAGCAGGUUGCAGCGGCCGGUUGCGGCAGGCUUGGCUGCAGGCACGUUUGAAACCCAUCAUCACAGCUUACAAACCCACCUGCCAGCCACCCCCCAUAUGCCUCGGUCCUGUCACCCUGGCCUCGCCAAGCCUGGGGCAGAGCUGUCCUGUGUCCACAGCCGGGCUUCUGCAGAGGCCGCCCCCUCUGCCUGGUGCCCCCUUUUCUGGCGUGCUCCAUCCCUCUCUUCUUCCAGGUCACAGCUCAGAGGGCACUGGGCGCGACCUGAGGACUUCAUGCUUCAUUGUCCAUCCAGUGAGCGCUCCCCAGCUCCAGGAGAUCAGAGACCUGGCUACUGAUCAAGGUGAGCUCCGGGCUGGGACAACACCGGGAAGCAAGGGGCGCUGGCUAAACAUGGCGGAGCGAACAAACGAGGGGCGGAAGGCCGGAAGGCUGGCGCGAGUCACCAUACUUUAUUGUGCUUUGUAUUUGACUUGGUCCAGUUGACACAGGAAGCGGGGUGCGGAGGCCAGGGGGAGGCCGCAGGGACCAGAGGCGGGGGUCAAAGAGAUCUGAGGCCAAAGUGGUGGCCGGCGGGGCUUACGCCCCCCAGGGCUUGCGCCGAGGGGGGAGCCCCGGACUCAGCGGGGACAGGGGGCGCGCAGAAGGGAAGGUCCAAAGAGCCCCAGACGGUGACCAGGUUCGGUGAGAGCAACCCGGGAGCCAGCUCCGUGCACGUCGCCCCUCCCCACGGCGCAGGCUCCGCCCCGGACUAAGCCCCUCCCCACGGCGCAGGCUCCGCCCCGGACUAAGCCCCGCCCCACGGCGCAGGCUCCGCCCCGGGACAAGCCCCGCCGCAGCCCGCCCCGCUCCGGAAGCCUUUUGCCCGCGCAGGCGCUCCAGGUCCCGAGGCGCCCCAGGUCGGCAGGCGCCCCGGGCCCGCAGGCGCCCCAGCCCCGAAGCCCUGCCCGCCGGAUCCCUCGGCCCGCCGAGGCGGCAUGGUGCCGCCGCCUCUCUGCACGCUGCCGCCGGGCCCCGGACCCCCGCGCUUCGUGUGCUACUGCGAGGGGGAGGGCGGCGGGCCCGGGGAACGCGGCGGCUUCAACCUCUGUGUGACGGACGCCGCGGAGCUCUGGAGCACCUGCUUCACGCCGGACCGCCUGGCGGCCCUGCAAGCCCGUUUUGGCCUCAGUGCAGCUGAAGACAUCGCCCUCCGAUUCAGGGCAGCCUGCGAGCAGCAAGCUGUGACUCUCACCCUGCAGGAAGACAGAGCAUCCCUGACCCUUUCAGGGGGGCCCUCGGCGCUGGAACUCGACCUGUCCAAGGUGCCAGGCCCAGAGGCAGCCUCCAGGUUGCAGACUCUGAUGCUGGGCCUGGCAGAGCGUGUGUGCAGCUUGGAGCGGCGGCUGGCAGCUGCUGCAGCAGAGGAGACAGCCACCAGCCCCAGGAAGAGUGCCUGGCAGGCGGGGCCUCAUCUCUUCUUACCAGACCCAGAUCCUCAGAGAGGUGGCCCUGGACCUGGGGUCAAGAGGCGGUGUCCAGGGGAGUCUCUCAUCAACCCCGGCUUCAAGAGUAAGAAGCCGGCAAGUGGUGUAGACUUUGAUGAUCCCUGAAGGCACCAGAGUCAGGACAGUGCCUGUGAGGCGAGGGCAGGGGCGGCCCCCUGGACCUCCCGCCAGCACCUGCCCAGCCUGCUGCCAGGCUCGAACAAGGCCACUCCUCCAGCCCCUUCCCCAUCAAAUAAACAUCUUCAUCUGGCGAAA